AUGGAGCGGUUUGGGACUAACCCUCUGUCCCAGAGCAGCACUAGCUGCCUCUCUGAGGACUCGCAGGAUGGGAAUAUCCUAAUGGUUGGAGCGAAUUCUUUGGAAGAAAAGAAGCUGAAAAGACGUCAAAAGAAUCGUGCAGCUGCCCAGAGGAGCCGACAAAAGCACACGGAGAAGGCAGACGAGCUCCAUCAGCAACACGAGCAGCUGGAGCAAAAGAACACAGCCCUGAAGAAGGAGAUUGAGGCCCUGAAGGAGGAGCUGAACUACUGGAAUCAAAUGCUCAAGGACCAUGAAUCCACCUGCCCGGACAUGCUGACUCCCUCCUUGCCAACACAGACCCCACUUCUGCACUGGCUGGCCGAGGGGCUUAACCGGGGGAUACAGUGA